AUGCCACCCAAAAAGGCCGAGAUCCCGUCUAUCGACGACGUUCUCGCUCAAUCGGCGUCGGCAACUAAUUCCCCGCCGGCACCUGAACAAAAGCCAAAGGUGAACAUCAAAACCAAGUCCACUAAGGCCAAGGAAAUGGCAGCAGCUCUUCAAGACUCCACGACGGUCAAAAACAUCUUAGACCGCUUGGACAUCAUCGAGAAAGAACAACUCGAAAUCACGGCGGAGCUUGACCGCGAGGUCAAGCCACCCGCCGUCGAUAAUCAGACAGAAGAUCGGCUACUCAAAAUCGAGAAACAAUUGCCAAGCUUGCACCGGAAGAGCAGGAUCUCCUGCGUCAUUGGUGAGCGCUUGUGCCCCGAGGAGUUCACGGUGGCACUACGAGACAUCGAAUCGGAAACAGAACGAUUCCGCAAGGAAGCCAACAUCACCUUCGCCCAGGCCAUUAAGGUUCAGGCUCUUUUUGGCGAAAACCUAGCUUUGGCCAUCAGUAAGGAAAUGGCUACUCUUUACAGGAUGACCAAUGUCAACUUGAAAUCCAAGAGGAACGUCUACAGCGAUGCCGAACUCGCCGUGAUGAAGAUCAACGGCCAAGGGGAUGAUAAGAUCCUCUUGGAAGAGUUCAAGUGGCUCUCGCAGAUCCUGUUUGAAAUCAAAGGGGAAAACCCAGUUACAUCUCUAGUCGCGUUGUCGAUCAAGGAUGGCUUAGCUGCCUUGGCGCAAUCGGCUUACGUGAUGAUCAUGAAGGACCUCCGAGCCUGGCUGUUGGACCCGGAGUCUUUGUCCCCACAAAAGCUUACGAAGAUCGCCACCAACCUCCGAAAGGACCUCGCGGUCCUUUUCGGAAAAAAAUCACAAGGGGUCCUUCGCCUGGACGAGUUCCUCAAAGUGGCAACGAACAAGGCCCAUGACAUCAGCAAGCAACAGGCGAUGGAGCUCAUCCGACAGUUUUUUCCCAUGAUGGACGAAAUGAGCCCUCGAACCUAUGUUGCUCUGGGUUUUGAAACGAUCGACAAGAACAUCGAAGCGGGAUUGCAGAACUGGGAAGCCGCGAAAAGGAAAGAACUAAAACUUCGGAUUCACAGUUUAAACAUGUAA